CGCUUCCGGUAUUAAAGUGAAUUACUUAGUGAAGUGCUCCGGGACUCGCAAAGUAGUGGGAAUUGUUGGUUUGCUUUUUAUUUGAGAAUUUAGAAAGACUGACUGAGAAGGUCCUUUUGCUUUCUGGAUUGCAGUAUUUGAGAUGUUUCGAAAAAGCAGUAAUGUAGAGAACACUAAACUUGUCGUGAGAGUCUAGAGUGAAAUAAAAAUAUUAUGUGCUAACACUGAAAAUCUGGAAGAAGACCUUCACUGAAAAGAAGAUUUAAGCUUAUUCGAGGUACUGAAGAAUGGAAACAUUUUCAACUCCUCCAGAGCAACUUAUUUGGCAUUAGUUCCAUUCUUAACAGCUCGAAUUAAUUGCCAAAAAAAUAACCUAGCUGCGUUUUUGGCAUCUGUUGAAUGUUGAGAAUUAACAAGUAUUCUGUCAUCUGUCAAAACAUUCCACAUGACAUCAGUAAUUCAUUAAAUCAGCUGCGUUGAUUCAAGGAUUCGGUGACAACUUUGAAAUGAGUGAUGAACAGGGAUCACAGAUGCUGGCAAAUCGUUUUUCUGCAUCAGUUGACGACAUUGACCUUCCAUCAGAUGCACCUAUUGAAAGUUCAGGAGAUGCCUCUCCUCCUACUAAGAGGAAGAGCAAGUUUGCUGGCUUUGGAAAAUUCUUUAAACCAUGGAAAUGGCGUAAGAAAAAAAGCAGUGAGACAUUCAAGGAAACAUCAGAAGUUUUAGAAAGAAAGAUUUCAAUGAGAAAGCCGAGGGAGGAAUUGAUCAGAAGAGGGCUGUUACAGGAAGUCCCUGAGCAGGAUGCAGGUCAGCCAAGUAUAAGUGACAAGACAACACUAAAGAACGGGCACACUGUCCCCCUAGCAGACCAUGCAGUGGCUGUGCCAGAGGAUAAGCGAGCAAGCUAUGUGAAAACAAAUCCUGAUGAACCCACGCUACCACAAGAUAAUAAACAAACAAGCCACAAGAAAUCUACCCAAGAGGACAGAAGCAGGAAACAUGAGUCAAAUGGAAGUCGACCUCUGUCUGAAGUGGAGAAAUGUCGUGAGCUUGCAAAUGAAAUCUCCGCUGUGAAGCAAUCUUUGCAUCCUCCUAAAAGACCUUUGUCCUCUACUCAAGAGGCAGGUGAAGGGCACUUCAAAGAUUCUACUGUUAGCACCACAGCAAAAGCAGCACCCAGCACUACCAUCACAUCUACUUCUAACACUGCAAAAGCUGGCAGCACCACUGCAGCCGCCACCCCAGCUACCAGAACUGUGACUACUGCUUCUGCAAACUCUAAUGCUACUGCUGCCGUAACCUCAUCCAGCACAGCUCCUGCUAAGCAACCCCCAGUCCCACCCCCUAAACCUGUCAAUCGAAAUAGUAACUCUUUACUAGCGGAACUGUCACAAGCAGUAGGAGGUAUAACAUUGACAACUGCUAAAGCAUCACCACCUUUGCCUGCCAAGAAAGGACAUUUACCUAACAGCUCGGCAGCAGACCACCUCAAUGCCCCUAAGGCACCUAGUGAUCAAAGAGAAAAAAUACAGUCAAGAAUCUCAUAUCCACCCAGUGAUACGAAGGAGAAAGAGUCACGUGCGCCCUCCAGGCCUAUUAGUGAACUGAAAGACCGACAGUCUGCAAUGGUGCCAAAUAUUCCAGGUGAUCAGAAGGACAGAGUACCCUCUGCAGUUUCAAAGCCACCUAGUGAUCACAAAAACAAAGCACCACCUGCAGUUUCAAAGCCUCCCAGUGAUCAGAAGGACAAAGUACCCCCUGCAGUUUCAAGGCCACCUUGUGAACAGGAGAAAACUGCAAUCCCUGCAGUUUCAGAGCCAUCCACUGAUUCAAAAGACACUGUACCUGCUGUGGUCUCAAGGCCUCAAUCUAAUCUAAAUGACAAAAUUCUGCCUCCACCAUCAGUAACUGUGCCUCCUCCUCCAUCUUAUCCUCCUCCACCAUCACCACCUUUACCCACCCACGUGCCUCCUGAUCCUGCUCAUGGCUUGCAACGGACGAAGCUGCAGCCAUCUUCACUGAUACUGCCUAUGCCACAGCCUGCCUCUGAGCAACAGAAAAGAACUGACUCGGAACAAUAUCCUUCGUCAUUACCUAGUACACUAACAGAGGAUGAGCCAGCAUUAACUUUACAGCCACGCGUUUCACAGGUGCCGCUGCAUGUACUGAUUCAGCAGGCACUCACAAGUCCUCAGCCCGUGUUUCCAGAAGGUGCACACAGAGCACAUUCACUCCUUUUUGAAACGAGCAAUGAGGGAGUUCAAGAGUCAUACAUGAAAGGAGGACGGGCUUCCCUGCCAAUCACUAUUGAACUAUUAAAAGUUCCUGAUGAUGAGGAAGAGGAGGAGGAAGAAGAGGAGGAGAUGGAACCAUUAUACCCUAAUCAUGUUUACAUUGGGGAUAUCCCAUCUGUAUCUGUUAUCCCUGAAGCAACACAUGGGGAGGAGGAGGAAGAAGAAGAAAUGAGUGAUAGUGAUUCUGAGGGACCCAUACUUUAUAGAGAUGAUGAUGAUGAUGAUGAUGACGACGACGAUAGCCAAAAUAAUUCCCUAGCAAACAAGGUGAAACGGAAAGAUACACUGGCUAUUAAACUAAGCAAUAGACCUACAAAAGAAGAGUUGGAGGAAAAGAAUAUCCUGCCAAGACAGACAAAGGAGGAAAGGCAGGAGUUCAUGCAGCAAAUAGGAACAGCUCUGACCAGGCGGUUGAGCCAGAGACCAACUGCAGAAGAGCUGGAACAGAGAAAUAUUCUUCAACAAAAAAAUGAGGCUGACCGACAGGCUGAGAAGCGGGAAAUCAAGAGAAGACUUACAAGAAAGUUAAGUCAAAGACCGACUGUAGCAGAGCUCCAAGCUCGAAAGAUCCUGCGAUUUAAUGAAUAUGUUGAAGUAACAGAUGCACAAGAAUAUGACAGACGAGCAGAAAAGCCGUGGACACGAUUAACACCAUCGGACAAGGCAGCAAUCCGAAAGGAACUAAAUGAAUUUAAAAGUUCAGAAAUGGAGGUUCAUGAAGAAAGUAAACAGUAUACACGGUUUCAUCGACCGUAACAAAUACAGAUUUGGAGAAAAAAGCACUUGAAGUUUUAUCUCUGAGAGGAUCUUAGUGACCUACUUUUAAUGUCAUCUUGGAGAAAAUUUUAUUGGGGAGGGAUAACUUCAUUUUAGGCUCAGAUUCCUAUGUGAAAACUGCAUUUAGACUGGAAUGAACAUAUGUACUGUUGCCACUGGCUUAUUAAUACUGUAUACCUCUUGCAGCACAGCAAUAAUGUUUGGGUGAAUCUAGUUGCUAGUGUUCCUCCUGUGCUUUGCUGUUCAUCAUUUCAGUAGCUAUUUGUAUAUAUUGUUCAGUCCUAUUAUUUCUUUUGCUUGUAAAUAUGAUGCUUGGGAAAACCUCAGAUACUUGCCUGAUAUACUGGAAACAGGGGAAGUCACCAGCUACUAGAUGAUUUACCUGAUUUUUGGCCUUGUUCAAGAGGAAAUUAAAUCAAUGUGCACAUGUUACUAUAAACUGAAAGCUGCAUCAGAAUUGUGAAUCACUGUUGCAUCACUACUGACAUUUUUUUCUUUAAAUGGAAUUUUUCAUAUUUUUCCUUUUUUAUUUUAUAUUAAAUGCUGCAUUCUGUAGUAGCAAAGCAAAAAAUGAAUUUCAGACUUGAGAUAUCAGUAAAAUAGAUUGUUGUAAGUAUGCCAUUACAAUGCAAAAAUCAUGGGAAUUCUUAGUGUAUGAGGUAGGAAAGUGGCGGGGUUGAUGUUGCUUAACAUUAAGCUUUUUUAAGGUGAACUACUUGGCUUUAUAAGCCUUUGGACAUUUGGCUUCCAGAGUAAUUGCAUCUGCUGGUGUACAUCUUCAGAAAACCUUAAGGGGCUAUGCUUUUUAAAUAAGGGUAUCCUUAAUUUGUCUGUGUCUUUUGUAAGCAUCUCUUGCCUAUCUCUGAAGAGCAUACAUUAGCAGAUAGCAGCUUAAGGGAGCUGAUUUGUUUUUUUGUUUUUUUUUUUUGUGAUGGGGCACAAGUUCUGUUGCAAUCAUGCCUUUUACAAAAUUGGAAUGUAAGCACAUAUAGGGACAGAUAUUGUGCCAGUAGGUAUGAAGGCUGCUUAUUUUGCUGUAUAAAAUGUUUCUGUAGAGCAUAUCAUUAUAUUGUAUAUCUGUCUUCCUAUCUAUAAAUUUAAAUAUUAAAUAAAAAAUAUUUUAGGGAGGUUUUUGUAAUGGUUGAAUGAUAUUAAGACACUACUUGGAUUUUCCACCAGUUUGAUCUGGUAACAGAUGGUUGUGCCUGUCAGAAAAAAACAUGGCAUUUAGCUGAAUACUAUGGAAAAACAUUUGAAAAUUAAUGUUACUAAAAUACAGAAUUCAAGUAAAAAUA